AUGGCUUUGGAAAAGUGGGAAAACAAUGAGGAAAUUAAAAUUUUCCGGGAAUACUUGCGUAUACCAACCGUGCACCCCGAUGUAGACUACACCUCUUGUGUGGAGUUUCUUAAACGUCAGGCGAGCUCCUUGAAUCUUCCCGUGGAUGUGGUUUAUCCAGCUGUUCAAACGAAGCCCGUGGUGAUCAUCAAGUGGCUGGGAAGCCAGCCGGAACUCUCUUCGAUUAUCCUCAACUCCCAUAUGGAUGUGGUUCCCGUAUUCCCAGACAAGUGGACCCACGAUCCUUUUGCCGCCGAUAUCGAUGAGGAGGGCAGGAUCUUUGCGCGGGGCACCCAGGACAUGAAAUCUGUGGGCACUCAGUAUCUGGGAGCUAUUCGGCUUUUAAAGUCAAGUGGUUUCCAGCCCAAACGGACAGUUUAUGUGACUUUUGUGCCCGACGAGGAGACUGGCGGUGUCCUCGAAAUGGCGGAGUUCGUUAAAACGGAUAACUACAAGCAAAUGAACGUGGGAUUCAGCUUGGACGAAGGAGCCACUAGUGCCAGUGAUGUGCAUCAUUUGUUCUUCGCCGAGCGUUUGCGAUGGGGACUCAAACUAAAGGUCAGUGGAACUUCUGGCCACGGAUCACUGUUGCUUCCGAACACCGCCGGCGUGAAGCUGAACUACGUGCUGAACAAACUCACAGAGUUCCGAACCUCGCAAGUGGAGAGCAUGGCGAAGGAUUCAAGCCUCAGCAGCGGCGAUGUGACCACCGUGAAUCUCACCCAGCUGAGCGGUGGAGUCCAGAGCAACGUGGUGCCUCCUCUCUUCGAGGCGGUCUUCGACAUGCGCAUUGCCAUUACCGUGGAUGUGGUUGCCUUCGAGAAGCAGAUUCGCGAUUGGUGCGAGGAAGCGGGUGGCGGCAUCGACAUUGAUUUCUUCCAGAAGGAACCUUAUAUAGGACCCACCAAGCUGGACGAUUCGAAUCCCUUCUGGUUAGCUGUCAAAGCCGCAAUCGAUGAACUUGGAUUAAAGGUCCAUCCCAUCGUUUGCCCUGGUGCCACCGACAGUCGUUAUAUUCGGGAAAAGGGAACGCCGGCAAUUGGAUUUUCACCCAUUAUAAACACCACCAUGCGGAUCCACGACCACGACGAGUUUCUGCAGGCCGAUGUUUAUCUUAAUGGCAUUGAAGUGUACAAGAAGAUUAUUCGCAAUCUGGCUGAAGUUUAAUGAAAUGAUUUAUCAGGCAAUGUGGAUCGUUAUCUGAAUAAAGAUGUUCUGAUUCUUAGAA